UGCAGAUUUUAACAUGUCCCAUGUUCAGAACGAUCACGCCUUGGCCAUAUACAAGAGCUGGUACCAAACCUCACUACUUUGAGGCAUACAAUUCACAAUCACAUGACCGAACAACAGUUUUGGAUCAUCUAUUUCGUUCUGUUGGUCCCACGGUUAAAUGCAGAUGACUAUCGCCUUUUAUCAACCCCACAGAUUGUUCGAGUGCGUGAGAUGGUUCUGCGAAAACUGAGAAACAAUAAGAACAUGCCCACAGGGUGUUCGUGUUCGUGUUCGGAUGAUACACGCGAUGAAAAGGGUAGUAUGGUAAAUAGUACUGAACAAAGUGAGAACCCGUUUCAAGAUGCUGCGACAAACAGGAAAAGUGAGGAGGGUGAUGUUUCGUUAAGUGAUCUAGAUGAUGAAACGUCAUCUGGAGUUAAACGAAUACAAAGUUGCAGGUUUUCUUCUGCGAGUGAAAAUAGUGAUUGGGUUCGACUUGGUGGAACUUUGAAAGUGAAGCGUUGUGAGAGACGUUCGGAAAGUGAAGAAUCGUCAAGUGAUUGGCAUGCUGUUGAGGAUGUUGAUCUCUAGAACAGUGUACGGUUAAGAAGUUUCUGUGCAUCCCCCUAAAACUUAGCUAAUUGUGUACUUCCCUUUUCGGGUGCUUCACAUCCACAUUGUAAAUUGUAAAUAAGAUAACAAAAAAAUAGGAGUAACGAGCGUCCAUAA